ACCAUUGAGCAAUCAGAUCCGUUGUGAUGUUGCGGUCUCGUAGCAAUAUGAACACGUAUUGAUCAAAUAACACACGACAACACAACGAAUGGCAGUUUAGUUUCAGGUACUGAAGUAAAAUGUUGUCUCGCAGAGAUAAAUUGUUGAUACAGCCGUGGGAAGAUCGCCGCUACAAGGAUCAUCGAUUAAAGGUGAAGUCGGCGUUGCCGGUGAUAGACAGCAGUGCUCCGAGUGCGCGGCCGCACGUCACAUGCAAGCUGCGCCGCGAGCGCUGUGAGGCGGAGCGUUGUGCGCGCGUCGUACGCGACAACUUCACGUUGUUGCAGCGACUUGCCACUGUCAUGUCCACCACACGCCUCGACAACCGCUGGCACAAACCUCCGCCAAAUUUUCAGAACAAAGUGGGGCGUUACCACGAGGUGUCGCGUGCGCCGCGAGCUGGGGCGAGGAGCUCGCAGGCCUCCAAUGACACAUCGCAACUCUCCUACAGUAACGCGAGAUGUUACGCGUGCGAACGCAACAAGAAAGCAGCCAACGAUUCCGCGAGCAAACGGGAAAAUCCUGUUGCAGGCAACAAUGAUAUACUUCCCUUUUUAUAUCUCAAAGCUUAAUU